AUGCUGUCAAACAAACGUUCUUAUUCAAAUCCAAUCUACGACAUCAUCGAUGAAUCCAAUUCAUCAAUUAAUCAACCAUUAAUGAUUGAUAUUGAACCAAUUAGUUCUUAUACAUGUACAAAUACAAAUCAUAUACCUCGUCUACUUUUAGCUGAUUGUUUAACUAGUCCUCCAUCAAAUAAUCAUCAUAAUUAUGUCAAUCAAAGAAUUGAUGAAGAACAAAAUGAAGAAAAUCUUAAUCCAUUAUAUGCGAAACCAAGAAAACGAUGUGUAACAUUGCGCGAUGAACCUAUUCUUAUUCCAACAAAGACAAGUCGCUUUUCAAUGAAAUCAAUAAAACCUGAACGAGCUCAACUAGUUAGCACAACGUUACCAGCUGCCACCGUACUUUCAUCGAUUGAAUCAUCAGAUGAAAUCGAUCAAUUUAUUGCACGUGAAAAUGAACGUGUUGAACGAGUUAAACUACGGAGACGACAUCGUAGAACAACAAUGAUCAUUAAACAGACAGAAAAAUCUCUAUCAGCAUUCAGCAAUCCAAAUUAUGUAGAAAUUCCAGUAUUAGAUAAUAAUCAAGAGAAAAAAUUAUCAAAAUCUAUUCUUGUUUAG